GGUGUUGUGCGCUACCUGAUGCUGAAUGUACGGGCCGCGAGGCCAACGACAAAGGUUGGCACAGACUGACUUCGCCAUCAGACUGCCACCAAGAGGGGAGGUCUGUCUCGCGUGUCAAUACACAUCAAUGGUUCAGUUGGGAUGCCGACCAUGGAACCUCAGUUUGACCAGCGUGGUUAUCCUGGCGCUUUCGAAUAUGCUGCUGACCUUCUUGUUGCUGCAGUCGGAAACCUGUAUUCCGGACGACGUACCCAGAGAUUUGGAAGCUAUAAACGUCAUAACCGAGUGGAACCUCGGUACGUUGAUCAAAGAGCAGCAGCAGCAGCAGCAGCAGCAGCAGCAGCAGCAGUCGGAGUGCGUUACACAAGAUUAUCAACCAGUGGCAGUUGACGCGAGUAACCUGAAGCUGAACAUAAAACUGGGCAGAUGGGACGCCCGUAGAUUGUUCCGUACCUUCGACCACGUUUUGGUCGGCAGCAGUUUCACCGAGCUGUCGCAGGCGUAUCGCGUAUGCUUGGCCACGCAAAGCUCGGUGGAAAAGUUACACUCGGUGGUCCAAGCCGCUCAUCAUUGGACAGGACCUAUGUCGGUGGCCCUGUACGUGGCCGGCGACGAAGAGUUCGAAGUUGUUCAGAAGUACCUGGUCUAUCUUAGGAGAUGCUACGAACCGAUCAGAGAGAGGAUCGCGUUCUCGUUGGCCGUGCCAAGGGUCAGACCGCCGAAGAAGCAGCCGCGCGACUUCGAGCUGCCUCAGGCGGUGGAUUGUGCCAAACCGGAAGCAACGUUGAACGAACUGAUGAACGGGAUAUCCAACGAGCAGACCAACUGGCGGAUACGCAACGUUUAUCCCCAGAACCAUAUGAGGAAUCUAGCCAGGAAGAACUGCCAGUCCGAUUACGUGUUCUUGACGGACGUCGACAUUGUGCCCAGCUUUAACCUGACCGGCGCUCUCGACGAAUUCCUCAGGACCGAUAACUGUGAUAAGUGCGCCUACGUGAUACCGACGUACGAGCUAGACUCGCGCGUCAGAUUUCCUCAGAACAAAACGGAGCUGGUCAGAUUGGCAAGGAAGGGGCUAGCUAGGCCUUUUCAUCAAAAGGUCUUCAUUCAUAAUCAGUUCGCCACGAAUUUUACCAGGUGGACACUGGACGCUACUCCAAACCAUAGAUAUUUUGGAAACGUGAAGAAUGGUAAGGUCUACGUUAGUCACGACGUGACGAAUUUCGAAUUCCUUUACGAACCUUUUUACGUCGCGAGAGAUAUCGUUCCUCCUCACGACGAGAGGUUCAUGGGCUACGGGUACACCAGGAACACCCAGGUGUACGAGAUGUUCGUUGCCGGUUACCAAUUUAAGGUCCUCUCGCCGGUGUUCACCGGACACUGGGGUCUCCAAACCAGAAAGACCAGGCCGGCGUGGCGCGAACGACAGAACAGUGCCAACAGAAAGCAUUUCGAGACGUUCAAGAAGGAAGUUUUCGCUCGCUACAAGCGCGAUCCCCUGAAAAUGAUAAAGAACGUAAAGUGACGAAAGCUUCGUCGGAGAUUCCGUUGACCGAACGCGAGAUCCUAUUCGCCGUCCUUUAUAUUCGUCGCGACGCGAUCGUCGCAUUCAUUUACGAACAAGUCGUAUAGAUUUUAAUGUUUUACCCGACACGGUGCCGUGAUAUCUGAGUUAUACACAGUCGAGUACGUUCCGACACCGAACAUCGGAAUUUCUUUUUUCACGAAACUUCCACGGAAUGAGCUCUGUAUACGGGACAGACGUCCAUUGGUCGAUCGGACGACGCGCAGCUGUGCAGCAGCGAAUUGUUUGACACGAAUAUUUUCUACGAAACAAGUAACGAAACGCAGCCUUUCGUCGUCGGAAACUAAUAGAUUGAUCGAGACCGAUUAAGAGUUUGUUUGAUCGCUGUUUGACUGUGAUGAUUGAUUUCUGUCGGGAGUGGAUAGCACAUAACUGGGAAACGUAUUUUUAUUCUUCUACCAUUCGGUGUAGAUGAAAUUCCAGUGGGUUGGCUGAAACUUGAACGAAAUUUGGGCUGUUUUAUUAUUUAAAAUUUGCAAGUUGCACUGCACGAAAUGGUCAGGUAGGUAAUUCUUGAAGAAACGUAAGGUGGAAUUUUUUGCGGUUUCUUAGUAUCAUUUUUCCUAUUCUGAGUUUAUCGUAUGUUGCACGGUUGGGCAAUUCAUCCCGCAAACACGGUAGAAAAGCACUCGUUUACUUAAAUUAUUUACAAUAUAUAUAUAGUUUAUAAAUUGAUUUAAAAAACGAAAAAAUUGCAACCGAUCCGCGUAGCUCGAAAUUCUAGUACAUGCAUUCUUCGUUAUUUCACACGGUGAACAACGAUAUUCGGUUUGCACCAUGCAUAGAGGACAUUGAAGUUGCUGACCACGUGCUUUCAUCCCCAGAUAGCAUUUUUCACAGCAGCUGCUACUCGUAGAUAGGAAAAGUAACAUUGUUUACUCGGUAUUGCGCGCGUUGGAUGGAUAUAUUUGACCUACGCCAUGCGGAAACUAUCCAAGUCGCAGUCCAAAAAAUUUUGUUCGUUCCUCGCCGGUAUCCUUCUCCGGCUACACUUGUAAUUUCCGUCCCCGUUCAAUCGGCGACAUAUCAUAUCUAGAUAGACAGUUACAAAGUUCACUGUGCCCUUUUUUACUAUCUUGGAGGAGAAGGAGUCGGUACGAAAGUGUGACGUAGGCCUCGGACAGUCAAAUUUUCUGCGGCGCUCGACGUUCAGCGUUCGAAUCGACGUUGUCUCGUCCCGGGAUGGCAACUGUUUAAAGUGUAAAUCGCGUAAGUGAAAAAUCAUGGUCAUCGACGUUGGGAGUGCCAGAAGGGAGGUCUUGUAAAAAGAAAGAAAAGGGUAAAGUUCGCGCGAAGAGGCGCAAGGGUCGGGGGCAAUCAAGUAGCCGCGAUCAGCGUCGAUGGGUGGCGCGCUUCUCGAGACUUCCGGUUCGUCGAUUCGAGCGAGCCAAGGCAGCCUCGCUUGCUGCUUCCACUCACGAAUUCCCAAAGUCAUCAGAGACUGGCAUGCGGGAUCGCGGAAUAAAUAUCCGCCUGUGAGGUUCGCGGCACGUACACGGUGCACGAGCAAGAAAACGAGGCCGGGGAACUUGAGCGAGCGUACCUCGUUAGCUGUCUGUGAUUUAAGAGGGCGGCGUCUAAGUUUAAGAUCGAUUCGAUCGCUUCACCGAGCGUCGCGGCGUUUUUCGAAACGUGCGUCGGAACGAUCCUGCGAGAGGACUGGCUGGUUUUCCAGUCAGGGGGGAGGGGAAUACCGUCGGAAGAAAGAAACGCGAGUGGCUUGUAAUUACUUAACGCGAUCGAUGAAACACGAGGGCUACCCGGAUAAGUGCGUGAGAUCCAAGCCAGAGGCGUGCACGGAUUUUCCUACCGCUAGGUUAUUUUCGCUGUGGAAUUUAUGAUUCUUUAUAGAGCUUCGCUGUCGAACCUAUUUUAUACUAUUUUCCCUUGGAAUCAAACUGGACCUGUCCAUAAUUAGUAGUUUUGUCGUAAUCAAGUUGGCGAACGGUAUCUACAGUGAUUAUACCACGAUGUAAUGAUCGGAACGUUGAUAAUAUGGGAUAAAUACGUGUUGAAACUGGAGCAAGCUGUAAUUCUUUAGGCUAAAAGGUGGAUAACUUGUUACAGGGAAUUAUUUGUUACAUAAACGCAUAAUAUUAAGGUAAAAAAAUAAAAGCAAUAUACCUAUAACAUAUCUGCAGUAUUCUGUCCAAUUUUAUAAUAUAUUUUACAAGAAUAUUUCACGCUUCAACUUUAUCGUUAUUACUAAAAUCUAUUAUACAGGGUGUUCGGCGAAUAAAAUUUUUACGUGCAGAUCGAGUUGUUCUUAAAUAAUCGUUUCUAUUUAUCGUAGCUUUAAAGGUGUAUAUGUAUUCAGAUUUACGAGAAGAAUCGAUAUGCGUUAAAAAAAUGCAUGGUUCCGUUUCAACAACAAGUUGCAGGCGCAUGUUGCUGCAGGCGUAGAAAAAUACUCCCCAUUGGGGAUUUCGCUUUUUCCUGUAUCAGUUUUUUCUGCCUAUGUUUCGAAGUGAACUACAGGUUGCCCCGGCUUUCAGAGUUAUCCCGGGGAAUGGAAUUCAGAUGCAACGAUCAACGUUUUUUCGGAUAGAUUAUUUCAUAAUUGGCCAAGAUAUACCAGACCUGGACAUUAUUUAAAUAAAUUGUUCGAAAAUAAUUGCUCAAAUAAUAUUUCGUACGUUGUUACACCGUGGGUACCGAAUCGAGUAUAAACUGUGACCAUUUGGAAGGAUCUUUGAACGUUUUGUCAGUGUUGUACCGAUGGGAGCUCAAUAAAUCUGUUCUGGGUGGAAUGUGGUCUCAAGCACGCAAUUAUAUAGGCCUAGACAUACUUAUCAGUCGUUGGCCUAGAUUUAACUUUGAAUUUUUCCUAAUAUUACAUAUUACCAAGUCAGGUGUAAAGAAAUUAAUAACUUCAACGAGAUUUACCUUGGUUCGUGAUAACAUUCAGGGGAGAUCUCUUGAGCUCCGUGUAAUAGCUAUAGUCGGAUCAAAGUCAAUCGACUGUUGAAUGGCACUUACUUCACUGUAAAUUACGCUAGACACGACAUUUGCACGAAGGUAUGAGAGAUUGAUUGUUGGGGAUAUUCGAACAUGUUGGGUAUAGUUGAACGAUAUGAUGGCUAUAACCAUCGAGUAGUGGCCUUAAGCGGUCAAUUGAAUCUGUCCCGAUUAUAGUUUCAUCACGGAUCGACGACGUAUUAACAAUUGUGCGAUCAAAUUAUUUCGAAUCCCGUUAGAUGAUCGGUAAAUGUGCAUCUCUGGUCGAAAAUAAUACGAGCAAAUUAAAGUGCAAUAUAGAUUACGUUGAUAAUCCAAACCUUACCGUGGACAUUUUACACUUGUUUCCCCAAUGAUUCGACGUAAUCGGAUUAUCCAUUAUAUACGGUUGCUCCAAGUGGAAAAAAAGAAAGAGGAACCCCGAAACGACGGAACAUUUUGCUUUUGUUCGUUUUUAAAGUUACACCCCCUUCACCCCUCACUCUACUGUCCCGUGAUAUAACAGCAAUAACACUUGCUCAACGAUUCGUCGCUGGUAACCGUUGUACGUGUAAUUGGAACAUUUUAAGGCACAGAGUAAUUAUAUAUUAUAAUGUUUUUACGGAUAUGUAUAAACGGCCAAAGAUAAUUGUAAGACGAGAGAAUUAUUGUUAAGACACAAUAAAUCA